GGCGGCUGUUGAGUUAACCUCCCCAGGGAGACCAGCUACCUAAGAUGGGGAUGUUGCAAUAGAUCCUCAUCAUUGUACAAAACUUUGACAAGGCUCGUGUCUUUCCACUUGGGAUGCAGAAAUAGAUCUCUAAUAUUGUACAAAACUUGACUCCCACCUAUAAUAAAACAGUAAUAGAAGAGCUAUGAUGGCUGACCAAUCAGCUUCCGAGAAAGCUCCAAGUAAAGUUGAUGGGAAAACUAAGGAACCGCAGAAGUUCCUGUAUUUGCAACUACAGCAAGACAGGACUGGGGAUGGAAGCGGUCGUGUGGCGACCCUGGUUGGUGGCCGAGGAGCAGGUGGACCGGCCCACUUCAUUCCCCUCACGGCUAAGCUCAACUCUAUAUCUGUCUUAGGCUCGGGCUCUAGACCCAACCGCACCACUGUCUCUGUACCAACUUCUCGCAGCCAGGGUACUGCAGUAGUUACAAUGGUAACAACCCGUCCAGUCAUGGCUACAUCUGUGAGCGUGCCAUCUUCUCUUGCUGCUGGGAUGACAUCCGUCACAAUGACCAGUGCUAGGCCAGUGAUUGCAGCUCCAUCCACAACUGUCACCUCUAAGCCAGGUUGUGCAACAUCAAUUAUGCGCAAGACCCACACUAAUGUUGUUGUGUCUUCAGGUAUUCCUCGACCAGUGAUGAGUCCAAAUGCCACAACCAUUACUGUGCUGGGAUCAAGUGGAAGUUUGCCUGGCGCUGCAGCUCCAGUAAUGCGACCCUCCACUACCCAGGGUACCCAGUCCCACGGUCCACUCAUUCUCCACCCUUCAAAAGUUCCACCUCCAAUCUCUUCCACCACAGUCAGCAACAAGGGGGUGACUCAACGACUUGUGCCAAUACCAAUCACUCAGGUGCGAACAGGAGUUGCUAACAAAGCUGUGCUCUCAUACAGCACCCUCCUGCAAGCAGGUAGUGGAAGCACAAGUGUGGCUGGGAAGAAGGAUGGUCACUCUUCUCCCACACCUCUUCUCCUGCAGGCAGCAUCACCCUCAGCCGUAAAGAGUGCUGCGGCCUUGGCCAAGACCGGUGGGGCCACUAUCAGUAUUAUUACGGGCAAGGGUUGCAAGCAAGGAAGUGGAAGUGGAGUUCCUGCAUCCAGCACCAACCCUCUCAACAUGCUGUCCGUUAACCUGGGCCAGAACAAGUCUAACAUGAUUAAUUUCAAGAUAUCUAAUGGCCAGAUUCAGGCAGACAACAUACAGCAAGUUGAUGUUUUGCGGGAAGCUCGGCCUUUGGUUCAUACCGGAAAACCGAUAGAAGAGAGGAAAGACCCUUCCAUGGUUGUUGCUGGUACUGCCUUGGCCCAUGCCGUUGGAACGGGAUCAGUGACUGUAUCAGUGACAGGAUCAGUGCCAACUACACUUAAAAUGCCUGACCCUCUGAUUUUUCCAGUACCCGUUCCAGUUCCAAUCUCAGACGAAGAAACUCUCUCCAACCUUAAAGAUGUAACUGUAGUUGCAACAAGGAGAGAGAGAGAUGACAUACUGCAAAGAGCUGUGAGUGCUCUCGGAGGAGCAUUAGAGGAUGACAUACAGAAUGGCACUGAAGCUCAUCCAGUAUUAUUUGAAAGCCUUCCUAGCAACCAGAUGAAACUAAAAAGAAUACCAGAAUGUGUAAACGUUGAGGAAGAACAUGAAGCAAGACUGGCAGAACGUAGUAAUGAUGAACCAGAGAUACUGGAGGUGAAGAAGGAAGUGGUGAAAACAAUGCUCUGUAAAUCGCAGGAGCUAGUUAGAAGUACAAGUCCAGCAAGUCAGAUACAACCUGAGAUGAAAGAAACAGUAAUCAAACAAGAAAGAGUAGAAGACAAUUCAGAAGAAAAUCCCUUUAGCAAAGACAAUGACUCCAAGGACUCUAAAUUUCUUGUAAAGUCCAAGGUUCCUUCGUUCUGUGAUGAUAUUAAACCUGAACACAUUAAGUUUUCAGAUCUCCUGAAGUGGGAGAAUGGGGUUGGAAAACUUCAUGGCAGUGACCUAAAGUUCAAGAUGAAUGAAUUUAAUGCCGUGGAGAUUGUAGAAGAUAGAGAUUUGGAGGAGAUUAAAAAUCAUCAAAUAAGAAGAGUUGACCUCUUGACACCUCGUCACCAUGCUCGCAAGCCCAACUACCGUGAAAUUGUGAAGGAUGAAGAAAUAUUUUCUGACAAUUCUCAGGACUCUGAGUCUCAGGGUAACAAGUCCACUCGUGAAUCAGAUGACAUAUGUUGCUGCAAAAAUUGUGGAUGCUAUGGUCUUAGCUCAGAGUUCUUCCGUGACAGCAGCUUCUGCUCUGUUGCUUGUGGAGACGAACAUGAUGCUCGGGAAAUUGAAUGGGGUAAAGAGCGUCUGAAACAGGAAAAGGAACGGCAACGAAGGAAACGCCUUAAACAGAGUGAGAAAGCGGAUGACGACCAAGGAGCAGGUGGUGACAGAGAGGGAAAUCGCAGUGAUGAGGAUGGUGGUCAGGGAGGAAGUGAUGAUGAGUCUAGAAACUCUAAGAAUUCUGGUAUAGUAUCUGAACCUCUUGUGAGUAAGUACCAACACCCAUGGCAGGAUGGAAAAAACAAUUUUUCAUGGGUUAAGUAUUUGGAAUACUGCGGCCGGGCCAAGGGACUUGCAAAGGCAGCACCGCUGAAAAUAUGGCCUGAGCCCUUCCCAUUUGGUAGAAAUUUAUUUAAACCUGGAAUGAAAUUGGAAGCCAUUGAUCCUAGUCACCAGUCACUAUUUUGUGUAAUGACGGUAGCAGAAACUAUUGGUUACAGACUGAGAGUUCAUUUUGAUGGGUACUCUGACCAAUAUGACUACUGGCUUAAUGCAGAUUCACCUAAUAUUUUCCCAGCUGGUUGGUGUGAAAAGAAUGGCCGACAGUUGGAGCCUCCACUUGGGGUUAUAGGAUUUUCAUGGAAAGCAUACUUGGAACAUUGUAAGGCUCAAACUGCACCUAGACAAGCCUUUAUUAAUAAAGGAAGUUCUACAAUAAUUCCUCCCAACAACUUUCGAGUGGGUAUGAAGCUGGAGGCUGAGGAUCGUAAAAAUAUGUGGGUGUGUGUGGCAACAGUGGCUGAUGUAUUAGACAACCGAGUCCUUGUUCAUUUUGACGGAUGGGACAAAGCUUUUGAUAUUUGGAAUGAAGUUUCCUCACCAUAUAUACACCCAGUUGGCUGGUGCACAGAAAACAAUAUUGUUCUACAUCCUCCAAAUGAUUAUCCAAACCCAGAAAGCUUCAACUGGCAUGAGUACCUUCAGGAGACCAAUUCAAUGGCUGUUCCAGCAAGAGCCUUCAAGACAAGGCCUCCAAGGGAAUUUAAGAAGAACAUGAAGCUAGAAGUUGUCGACAAGCGAAAUCCAGCUCUCAUACGUGUAGCUACCAUUGUUGAUGUUCAGGAGUAUCAACUGAAGAUCCAUUUUGAUGGAUGGGGUGAUGAGUAUGACUACUGGAUGGAUGAUGACUCCCCAGAUAUUCAUCCACCAUCGUGGUGUAAUAAAACAGCUCACCUACUCCAGCCACCUCUUACUCCUGAACAACAAGCAGAGGAUGUUGACUCUGGAAUGGGAUGUGGAACUCCAGGGUGUAAAGGAAUAGGUCACAUCAAAGGCCCAAUAUAUACUACUCACCAUACUGCAUAUGGUUGCCCUUAUUCCUUACAGAACAUCAACAAAGACCUUGACAGUAUAAUUCCUGACAGAUUACAGUUUCCACCAGAGAGAAAGAAGAGCAAAGUUUCUCCCAAAGUCAAAUUAGAUCUUCGUUCUUACAGUGGAAAAGAAGGAAAUGGAGAAGUGGAAGAAGCAGAUUGCCAGAAGAAGCGUGUUAGAAAGAGAAGAAAGUUCUUUGAUGAGCUUAGUCCACCAGAGCCCAACAGGCCACAAAAAGUACCAAAACUUAACAGUGAUGAAGUCAAGCCAAUAUCCAUUACAAGUACAAUGACACCAAGUGCAGUUACAACAGCUGCUGUUAUAUCUUCCAUGACCCUUGUUCCCUGUACCUCUUCCACACAGCCAUCAACUUUGAGUCACAUUAUCCCACAGCAGCCUUCUCACCCUGCCCCAUCCCAGCCUCUUGACCAUGGCAUGGAUAUGAUGGUACACCAGUCAGUUUUCAAUCCAGGUUAUAAUCCACACCCUUCUGCACCCUUACCACACUCGUGGGAACGUCAUCGUCACCUCACAGCUUCCCUUGGUGAUGCCAAAAAGUCUGACGUGGAAUCAUGGGAUGCAGAGCAAGUGCAUCAGCUGGUGGCACGGAUCCCUGGUUGUGAGCAAGUGGCAACAGUGUUUAUUGAACAACAGAUUGAUGGUGAGGCUUUCUUAAUGAUGACCCAGAAUGACCUAGUAAGUUUAUUACAAAUGAAAUUGGGUCCAGCGAUCAAGAUAAUGGCAAUUAUUAUGUGUCUAAGAAGUUCUACUUAAACAACAAAGGGUGUGUUGCCUUUACAUUGUGCCACCCCCACUGUACACACCUCCAUCGGUCUUGUAGACCAAUGAUUUUUUGCAUUCCUGUAUACUCCAGCUGGUUUUGACAUUUAAGGUACCGUAUUUUAAUAUUUAAUGUAGGGAAAUGCAGCUGAAGAGAGACUAACAUGUGAUAUUUUUUGCGAAGCUCAAUUUACUCUAGUGUGAUAAGUAUCACAUUAAUUUUAUAACUUAUGAAAUGUAGAAAGCAAUUUUGUAAAUACCUCCAAUAAUUAUGCAAUGUUAAGUGUGUACAUUCCAGUAUGUGGUAACAGUUUUGAAGGAGCAUGUCAUAUUUGUUUAUCAGGUAAGAUUGAUGAUACUGCUAGUCAUUGUAUUCAGUACAUCAGCAAGAAACUGCCACAAACUUGAAUUCAUCGUUGUACAUAUAUGUUGUGUUCCAAGAUUACUUUCCAAAUUUUGUACUUGUUUUCUAUUCUUGUGGAACUUUGUCUUUCCACAGUGUUUGACAAUCAGUUUCAGAACACCUGUUAUAUCUUAAAUGUUCAGUGAGUGGAAUGUGGAGUGUAUGCCUGUGAUUCUCAUUCUGCCAUGUAGAAGCUUCACGUCAAUCUUAAGCUCUAAUAGAAUAUGUCGUAGAAAAUACAGUAUUUGAUCACUGAGUAUACUGUAUAAAUGCCUGAACUUUGUAGUAACAAUGGAGUCAAAGGUAACCAGAAUGGAAGACUGCAUUGGUAAAUAUGAAUAGUUACAGUGGGCCUCAUGAAGAUUAAGCCAUCUGUGCAUAAUGUAUAUUGUAAUGCCAUAAUAGCAAUCUGCAUUCAGACAUAAUGGUAAUGGGUAACAGAUUUAAUCUAAAUGGGGACUGGGAUUGAUGGCAUUGACAUGACAUUGUGAUCACCACACACUGUGCGCCACCUAACCUUGCCGGGCCACAGAAUUGUCCUCACAUUGGAUGCAUUGAGAGUCCCGAAUGCUGUCAUCUGAGCUUUGAUGCCUCUAUGAAUACUCACAGGAAUACUACAGCAAUCAAAUGACAGUGAAAAAGCACCUUAAGACAACUAAAAUUCUAUGGAAUGAUGAAGUCUUAAGCCAGUAAGGAUGUUGUGCUCUUUAAAUUAAAAUAAUACUCUAUGUACAUAUAUUUAAACAUCUGCUUAGCUGAUGUUAUUGUAAUUAAGACAACUGUAUGUACUAUUGGUGCAUAAAAGGCUGAAAAAUUGUGAA